AUGCUUAUCGGAAGAAGAGCAAUAGUAACAGGCGCUUCGAGGGGGAUUGGUCUAGCCCUCUCACAGAAGCUAGCACAAUUGGGAUGUUCCAUCACGAUGAUUGCCCGAAACGAAGAUUUGCUCUACGAAAACAUGAACCACUUGGAUAAAUCGCAUGAUCAAAAACACCGAUACGUCUCGUUCGACCUAAUGGAUUUUGCCCGAGAAAAACCGCUUGAGGCAGACGGGUGUGAUCUUCUAAAGGAGAAUUUGCAAGAGGCUACCUACUUGGUCAAUUGCGCCGGAGUGGCGACAUAUUCGCUUUUGGCAAAAACCCCAAACGACGUUAUUGCUAAUGUCAUUGGCUUGAAUCUUAUUGCGCCUACUGUUCUUAGCAAAAUGGCUCUUGCGCCCAUGAUGAAGCUUCUGCGCAAAACAAAAGUGGUGCCAAGCAUUUUGAACAUUUCGUCCAUGCUUUCCACCACUGGGCUUACUGUCCCAGGUACCAGUGCUUAUGCUGCUCUGAAAGCUGGUCUUUUGGGUCUUACUGAAUCUUUAGCUGCAGAGCUCAAUGGGAAAGUACGGGUCAAUGCUGCUCUUCCCCUAUUGGUACGAGAAACAGAUAUGGGUAAAGGCGCCUCUGCCGAUAUGCCAACGGUUCCGCUCGAAACAGUAACUGAGGCUUGUGCCAAGAUACUUAUGGAUGAAAAACUCAAUGGAAAGUUUGUGCCUGUUGACGGGUCUGGAUUUCGGUGUCUCAAUUGA